UUCAAGUUCUAGUCAGUCGCUCUUCUCGCCUUGAAACGUUAGCACGGAAAUCGAAAAAUCGUUAGAAUAAAAAAAAAUUAUUGAACGAUCUCGCGACGGGAUAAGAAACGCAAACAAGUUUUGAUUUAUUUCAUUUUUUACUGCUGGUGAAAAUAUUUACAGUUCACAACGACUUAAUUAAUAAUAAUAAUUGAUGAAAAGCAUUGUUUGAAAUAAUGAAGAGCACCAUUUUGUUGUUGAUGUGGAUAGGAACAUUGAGUGGAAUUGCUUCAAGUCAAAAGAAAGUAUCGCCAUGUCCUUCUGUUUUUAUUUACGACACUGAGAGUGACACGAGUGACACAUGGUAUGCGACUAUAAACUUACAGACAAAUGUGCGUCUUCAUGGCAUCACAGUUGAUGUUAUUCUUGAUAAACGUGCUGCAACAUUUGGAGCAUAUUACUUUAACGAUGUUUCAACAACCGACUAUAUGGAGUAUCGGGUUGAGAAUAAAAACUUUAAGUUGGAUCCUGGUCGGACUUUAAUUAUGAAUGUUUACGUUCGUUACACUCAAGAUACUCCACUGUUAAAGCAAAUUCGAUUAAAUGGACAAAAUAUUUGUGUCGAUGUUCCUUCAAAUUCUGCCCAAAUAAUUUAUCCAUCAAACAGCAACAUACAAACGCGUCCAACAACGACUACAAAACGAACAACCCGAUGGGAAAAUCCCGAACAUAAUCAAGGAGGUAGCUACAAUUAUGACACAACAACACGGCGUAAAACUUCCACAACAACAACCACUCAAGCUUGGAAUUAUGGGAAUUUCAACAAUAACAAUAAUAACCAGCAGAACCAGGGACAUAACAGUGGACAUCAGGAAAGUUUUAGUCAAUUUUCGGGGUUUUCAAAUACUCAACGACCAAAUACUGAUCGUGGCACUUCAACAACAAUCAAGAACAAUCAAAAUCUUUACAAUCAUCAAAACUCAGGUCAUACAACUAACAAUAACAAUAAUAAUCAAGGACACCGUGAAACAUCAACAACUGGCUUUGGAUUCAUCGCUGAUUCUCUUUCUCCUUCUGGGUCAUCAAACUCUCAUAACAAUCAAAAUUCGGCAAAUCAACGACCAUACAAUCAACAGACAACACGAUCAACGACAUCGAAUUAUAACUUCAAUAACAAUCGAAGGACAACAUCAGUGACUAAUCGUCCUGAUCGUAUCACCACGAAAUCAACACAUUUUCAAGGUGAUUUGCAGUUUUUCAACAAAGAUGAGUCAACGACACAUUCAAUAUUGAAUCUCAGUGAAAAUUCCCAAUGCGGAAUUGUCAUUCCAAAAGUCAAUCCGCUUAUUGUUCAUGGCGAAGAAACUUAUCAGGGACAAUUUCCUUGGCACUCUGCAAUUUACUUGUCACAAGUAGGCAGUCUUAAAUAUAUUUGUGGCGGUUCUUUAGUAUCAAUGAAUGCUGUUGUAACAGCAGCACAUUGUGUGACACAUUCAAAUUCAACUCGUGCCAUCAACGUGAAUAAACUUCUUGUUUAUUUGGGUAAAAAUAAUUUACAGAAAUGGACUGGACCUGAACAAGAUGCAAAAGUUUCGGAGAUUGUCAUCAAUACAGAAUAUAAUCCGGAAAGAUUUUUUGGCGACAUUGCGAUUUUGAGGCUUAAAGAUUCUUUAACGACAACAAACUAUGUUCGACUGAUUUGUUUAUGGAAUUUUGAUACUGAUUUAAAGUUAAUUGUUAAUAAAUUGGGAUCUGUGCCAGGAUGGGGUUACAAUGAAAACGGUUUGGUCAGUGAAGAGUUAAGUUACAUAAGAAUGCCUGUUGUGACACAUGAACAAUGUAUUUGGUCAAAUCGUGACUUCUUCAGUAAAGUGACAUCAGAUAAGUCAUUUUGUGCUGGUUUCCGUAAUGGAACAUCAAUAUGUAAUGGCGAUAGUGGUGGCGGGAUGGUUUUUAAACAAGGAAAACAAUUUUACUUGAGAGGAAUUGUUUCAAUUAGCAUCGCACUUCAAAACACGCUGAAAUGUGAUCCAAAUCAUUAUGCAGUUUUUGUUGAUGCUUCGAAGUACACAUCAUGGAUUAAACAGAAUAUUUGAAAUUAAAGAUAUGUUAGCUGAUCAUUUAAACUAUGAGUGGUGAGAUCAAUAAACAGAAAAGAAAUUAAUUUUUUUUAAAA